AUGUUUGUUUGGCGGCAAUUCUGUAGUUCCGACGACAGCACUGCUCUGACCGGCACUGUGACUGUCCAGCUGAUGAGCGGCUCUGAUCCCAACAACCUCUCUCUGGUCGACACCAUCGCCACUGGCCUCGCUGCCUCGGCUGGCAAGGUCUCGUACACCCCUGCGACCACCCUGCCCUUCGGUACCUACUAUGCGAUCCGCAUCACCUCCAGCGUCGAUGGCCCCCACUACAGCCACUUCUUCGCUGCCGGUAACCCGGACGUGACUGAGGCGCCGUCGUCGUCGGCAGCGUCGACCACUGCCUCUGCCACCGCCCCUGCCACCACCUCUGCCACCGCCUCCGCCCCCGCCUCGCACAAGACCUCCGAGCUCGGCUCCCUGAGCGAGGAUUCGGAUGCCACUGAGGCUUCGUCGGCCAAGCCCAAGACCACCUCGGACAAGGCUUCGGCCACCAAGUCUAAGGCCACGUCGUCGGCCAAGCCCACCUCUUCGGAGGAGGAGGAGGAGUCUUCGUCGGCCAAGCCCUCAAAGGCUGAGUCGUCGUCCCACUCGAACGGUGCCUCGCGCCCUGCCCUGGCUGCUGGUCUGCUGGGUGUCGCUGUCUUUGCCGCCAUGUUCUAA